AGGUUUUAUUAGAAAAAAAAUUGACAGUGACUUAUAAUGGCAAUAAAAUUAACUUGGUAUUUCAUCAUAAGUAUUACAGUUUUUUUCAGCAAAUGCUCUGCUGUGAUUGUAAUUGUUGAUGACAUUGUAAGUGUAGCUGAAGGCAAUGAAACCAGAAUAAUGUGCAACAUGACGCGAAGUAGUUCAAGUAGUGUAGGUAUUCCUACCGUAACCUGGUAUAAUGUCACCAAUGGAGUUAGUGAUACAAUAGCACAAUCUCAAGGUGGAGUUGGAUUGGUACGUUCUUCAUACAUCGACAGAUUCAGUGUUGAUGGAGACACAACACUAGUAAUUGCUAACACCAGCCGAAGUGACAACGGCACGUAUCAGUGUAGUGUAUCUAUAUUUGACGAUCCCCCUUCACCUGCAUCUGAUGACUUCAUUUUGAGUGUUGUAUAUUUAGAUGAUGUCGUGAUUAACAUCAAUUCUAAUACUUCUGCUGAAAAUGUUACAAUCACAUGUUCUGCAAAUGGCAGUCCACCUCCCAUAAUUAUUCUCAUUAAGGAUGAUGAUGUUAUCAAGACAGAAAAUAAUGCAGUUCUGACUUAUGAGAUAGAUAAUGUAACACAGAGUGAUAGAGGAAGCUACAAAUGUACAGCAUCUGACAGUGUUGGCUCCAAACAUAGUAGAACAAUAGUACUCAAUUACUUUAAACCUGAAGUGACCUUAGAUAAAGAAGUCACUAUUGCUCCUGGUGGGAGUAAAACUAUUACAGCAAGAGUUUCUGCUAAUCCUAAUGACAUCACUUAUAAAUGGACCAUUGAUCCUGAGAAUAAUGAUAUCAUAAUCUCCAAUGAUGAUGUUACAGACACAGACCCUUUCUCUUCAACAAUCACAAUAAUGGCAUCAGAAUCAGCUGAAGACAGCACAGAGUAUACAGUAACAGUAGAAGUUACUAAUAACAUUGGAUCAGCAACACAGCAAGCCAACAUAAAUGUCAAUGAUCCAUGUACUGUUGAACCCUGUGAAAAUGGUGGUACUUGUAAUAUUGUUAACGAAGGCUACAAUUGUAGUUGUACUGAUGAUUUUCUUGGAUUCAAUUGUUCAUUCUGCAUUCAUGAGGUUGGCUGUGACUUGAAUAAGGAGGACAAUUUAACUAUUUAUGAGAAUGGCACAUGUGGAUGUACCUGUGGAGAAGGUAGAUACAUUUGUGACACCAAUAAUCAUUGUGAAAAUCCAUGUGCUGACAAGCCCUGUCAAAAUGGUGCCACUUGUUUAGUUGUUGGGGGAGGCUACAAUUGUAGUUGUACCAAGGAUUUCAGUGGACUAAAUUGCUCAAAACCUACUACUAUUAUGACUACUACUACUAAAAUUGAAUCUACUACAAAGGACUGUGGUUGUGAAAAUGGUGGAACAUGUGCAGAUGGUAAAUGCAUUUGUCCGAAAGGCUUUAAAGGUCCUAAAUGCGAAGAAAAAGAUACAAACGUUAUAGUUAUAAUGUUUGCCACUUUAGGAGGCUGUGUUGUUCUUGUAGGAAUUAGUUUUGGUGGUCAUCAUGUCUACAAAUCAAAGAAUUCAAAAAAACCGUCAAAUGACCCAACAUCAGACCCUGUUGUCCCACAAGGUGACGUUGAAAUGAAACAACCAGAUUCAAAUUCAGACUUAAAGAGAUAUGCAGCAAGUGGUGGACAUUUGUACACACAGGUUAGCUUCGAGGAUAAAAAGAAAAAACCCGAUAGUGACAACGGAUCUAAUAAGCCUACAGCCGUUGACACUUACAUGGACUACGUACCAGCUGGCAAUGAAAACCGAAUUUACCAAGAUCUACAACAUAGAGAAGAAGAAACAGCUUAUGUUAAUGCGAUGCCGAGAAAGAAAUAAGAGUAGAGAGAGCAGUAGCUAGUUGGAGUAAAUGCUUGUUACCUGUGCAAGGGUCAUUAUAAUCCCAGCAAAAUUUAUCACUGAUGAUUACACAGCCACGAAUCCAAGAAUUGUUUUAAGCUCUGUCCAGAUUAUGAUUUUUUUUUUUUUACAAAAUAUGUAUCAGAGAAGCCAAGCAAUCUUAUUAUCGCACUUCCCUAAUGAAUCUAAAGUCUAACAAUAUGGCAAAAUUGCAUAAGGGAAUGAAACAGCUCUGUAACAUGAAAAAACAGGCGACCUUUAGUAUACCUGGGCACUCCGGCAAAGAUAUUGCGGAGAACAUUAACACUUUAGAUAUUAAAACUUUGCCUGCCUAUUUGCCAGCAAGUGAGGAUCCUCCACAUAUAUUUGUCGGGCAAGUGAAAGCUUUGCUUGGCAAGUUAGCUUUUUAAUUGUGCCCUUAAAGCAGGUAUAUUCCCUAGCUUCUGGAAAAAGGCCAUUCCAGUUUCUAAAGUUAAGAGUGUCAAAUCAUAUAAUGACCUUAGACCAAUAUCCCUCACACUUAUACUUGCUAGAGUCUCUGAAUCUUUUUUAGUUAAAUGGAUUGUGGAGGAUAUUAAUGUUAGUUUAGAUUCUAAACAAUUUGGAAGUAGGAAGAAAUCAUCGACAUUCCAUUACCUUAUAAGCCUAAUUGACACAGUCCUUAAAGAUCUUGAGUGUGGUGGAACCUAUGUAGACUUGCCACAAGUCUCUAAUUUAUGGAUUUUUCGUAGUACAUUAGCGCAUUUCGGAAAGCGCCACCAGCGUCAGUUUAUGUUGAGAAACUUUUUUGAUGAGAAUUAAUCCCAGAAAAAGUAUACUAUGGAACGCCAUGCAAAUAAGUAUUAUGGAACGCCAUUUGUGCCAAAAUCGAUUUAUUCUUAAGCAUUUCAACUGAUUAAGACAAAGAUUAGGGACUGGAACCCAGUCUAGAACCUAUGUUAAUCUGUGUGCAAUUGAUUUUACUAAGGCCUUUGACCUUGUAGACCAUUCCAUUCUUUAAGAAGUUAAUCGACAUCGGGGUGAGGUCGUCUAUAAUUCCUACCAUCUGCAGCUUCCUCACCGAUCGUACCAUGAAUACCGAGCAUACUGGAUGUAUAUCUGUACUUCUAGUAAGGUUACUUGUUGCGUCCCGCAAGGGACAAAGCUAGGCCCUGUGUUAUUCUUGGUGCUCAUUAAUGAUGCAUAUGUCGGAAGCUGCAGAAGGUGGAAAUACGUAGACGACCUCAACCUGGGAGAGGUUGCUAAUAAAGGAGCAAGACCUUCAAUGCAGGAGAUGCUUAAUGAUUGGUGCAAUGAGAACAACAUGACUCCAAAGCCUUCUAAGUGUCAUAUAAUGACUGUAAAUUUUUUGAAAGAAGUCAGUGUUAAUGUAGAUUCCCCCAUUUUCAAUUUAAAUAGCACAAACAUUGAUGUAGUGGAGCAUAUGAAAUUGCUUGGUGUCAUAAUCCAAUGUAAUUUGAAGUGGGACCUUAACACCCAAGAUAUUGUCUCACUGGCAUCAAGAAAACUGUUUGUUCUGUGUAUACUAAAGAAAGCAAACGUUGUUCUUGAUGACCUACUCACUGUUUAUGCUUCCUACAUUAGGCCCAUCUUGGAAUACGCUUGCCAAGUAUGGCAUGGUGCUAUUACCAAUAAAAUGGCCAAUAGCAUUGACACCAUCCAGAAAAGAGCAUGUCGCAUAAUGUUAGGUGCUGCCUACAUUACUUAUGACAAUGCCCUAGAGGUACGGAUUUACCAUCACUUCUUGCGGCAAGGAGAGAAACCCUUGUUUUGUCUUUUGGCAG